CCUUAACAUCCAAGUGACAGCCGCAAUCAUGCUCCGUGUUGCACUAUCAUUCCUCGCGCUCGUCGGACUCGCAUCGGGAGCUCUCCCUUCAGCCGACACCACCUGCAGCGGACAGAAUGCUCGCACCGUGCCUCCACCAGGGGCCAUCGUCGUCGAUAUCACCGGCACCUACAAUGGCAGCUACCAGACCAUGGCCGAGGGCAUGGCGUACCUACCUAACACGACAGAGGAGCACACCAUCUUUGUCUUUCCCGGUGUCUACCAGGAGCAAGUGCUGAUUCCGAAGUUAGCUGGUCCGUUGGUGCUUCAGGGCUACACGUGCGACACCACGUCAUACGCUGACAACAAGGUGACAAUCACCCACACGAUGGCACAGAGAGACCUUCCGCUCGAAAUCAAGAAUGGACGCAAUGAUUUGGUCAGCACAGUACGCCUCAAAUCGGGCAGUGGCGUGAAGAUGUACAACCUCAACGUUGCCAACCCAACGGGUAAGAUCGAGAAGCUCGGCCAGGCGGUGGCUGUCUACGUCGACAAUACCAACUACGGGUUCUACGGCUGCAACUUCACGGGUUACCAAGACACUUUGUGUGCUCACAAGGGUCGUGAACUCUACGCCCGGUCAUACAUUAGCGGUGCUGUGGACUUUGUUUUUGGCAUGCAAGCUAAGGCGUGGUUCGAGUCUUGCGACUUUGAGACCGUCGGGAAAGGCUGGAUCACUGCGAAUGGCAACACUAACAGCUCUAACCUCUCCGAGUACGUCUUCAACAAUGCUCGCGUGUUCAACUCCAAUGCCUCCAUGAACGGAACGACCUACCUCGGGCGCCCGUGGUAUCCCUAUGCUCGCGUUGUCUGGCAGAACAGUGAGCUGGGUGAUGUUGUCAACCCGCAAGGAUGGGCGACUUGGAACAAGAACGACAACAACACGGCUAACGUCUACUUCAAGGAGUUCAACAACAGUGGACCGGGUGCGGCCAUCGAUCAGCGGGUGCCUUUCAGCGGCCAACUCAACGCGUCUGUGAAGAUCACAGACCUCUUGGGUGCGGAUUUCGAGUCCGAGUGGUGGGUUGACAUCAACUUUUUGUAAACUGUUAUGAAAGCCUACUAGCUCAACCAUGCGGUGGUGGAACAAGUCAAUAACAGUAAACAGCAAAAUCUGAGUUAAAUAGUUCAGUAGGCACCAUUACCACCGUAAAUGCCACACACGGCAGUGACAACUACUACGUAUUGUGGCUAUUUCCGUAGCUACAGUUGCGCGGGCGUGGCGAGUCGAAAAUAAUGGUGAUAGCUGACAGGAGGGUCUUGUGGGGCCGCCCCUGACGCAAAUAUGCGGUCAUUGCGCGAAAAGAAACUAUGUACGGAAUGCCUACG